AUGGUGAAGCAGACGAUCCAGAUUUUCGCGAGGGUGAAGCCCACUGGCCGGAAGCACCAACAAGGGAUUUAUUCUAUAGAUGAAGAUGAAAAAUUAAUACCUAGCUUGGAAAUUAUCUUACCACGUGAUUUGGCAGAUGGAUUUGUGAAUAAUAAGCGAGAAAGCUACAAAUUUAAAUUUCGAAGAAUUUUUGAUCAGGAUAUAAAACAAGAGACCAUUUUUGAAAGCAUUGCCAAACCUGUGGCUGAAAGUGUUCUGGCAGGUUACAACGGGACUAUCUUUGCAUAUGGACAAACAGGCAGUGGUAAGACGUUCACCAUCACAGGUGGGGCAGAGCGUUACAGCGACAGAGGCAUUAUCCCAAGGACACUAUCUUACAUUUUUGAACAGUUGCAAAAGGACAGCAGCAAAAUAUAUACAAUACACAUUUCCUAUUUGGAAAUCUACAAUGAAUGUGGUUAUGAUCUAUUGGAUCCAAGACAUGAAGCCUCCAGUUUGGAAGAUUUGCCGAAAGUGACAAUAUUGGAGGACCCUGAUCAGAACAUUCACCUGAAAAACCUGUCUCUUCAUCAGGCAACCACAGAGGAAGAAUCUCUGAAUCUGCUUUUCUUAGGGGACACCAACAGAAUGAUUGCAGAGACUCCUAUGAACCAAGCUUCAACACGUUCCCACUGCAUUUUCACUGUUCAUUUAUCAAGCAAGGAACCAGGAUCUGCAACAGUCCGUCAUGCCAAACUCCAUUUGGUUGACCUGGCUGGUUCAGAGCGAGUUGCAAAGACUGGAGUUGGGGGCCAGCUUCUAACAGAGGCCAAGUAUAUCAACUUGUCACUACAUUACUUAGAACAGGUUAUCAUUGCCCUUUCAGAAAAGCACCGCUCACACAUCCCCUAUAGGAAUUCCAUGAUGACCAGUGUCCUAAGGGACAGUUUAGGAGGGAACUGCAUGACAACCAUGAUCGCAACACUCUCUUUAGAAAAGAGGAACGUCGACGAAUCUAUAUCUACCUGCAGAUUUGCACAACGAGUGGCACUCAUAAAGAAUGAAGCUGUUCUUAAUGAAGAAAUUGAUCCCAGAUUGAUGAUUAUACGUUUACAGAAGGAAAUACAGGAACUGAAGGAUGAACUAGCCAUUAUCACUGGGGAGCAAAGGACAGAGGCACUUACGGAAGCAGAGGUCCUUCAGCUGGAAAAACUAAUUAUAUCCUUUUUGGAAGACCAAGAUCCAGAGAGUAAACUAGAGGUUGGCGCUGACAUGCGUAAAAUUCAUCACUGUUUUCAUCAUUUAAAGAAACUGUUGAAUGAUAAGAAGAUCCUUGGGAAGAGUUCAGUCUCCUGUGAAGUCAAAGACCAAGACCAAGACUGCCAAGAAACAUUGAAAAAGGAAGAAUAUAAAAAGCUACAAGAUAUUCUAAAGCAGAGAGAUAAUGAAAUCAAUAUCUUGGUCAAUAUGUUAAAAAAGGAAAAGAAGAAAGCUCAGGAUGCUCUUCACUUAUGUGGCAUGGAUAGAAGUGAAUUUAGACACUCACAGAGCUCUCCUUUCCCACCUGGGAAAGCAGAAGAAACUCAGAGGAUGUUGCUGUCUUCAGCUCCCAGACAGGCCCAGGACAUCAGCCCUUCCCAGCACAGAUCCAGUUUGCUCCACAAAAAAACAGGGAUGAGAGAAGAAAUGUCAUUUGGACGCCAGGAAGCUUUUGAAAUCUUCAAGAGGGACCACGCUGACAGCAUUACCAUUGAAGACAACAAACAGACUCUGAAACAGAGAUUUUCUGAAGCAAAGGCCCUGGGAGAAAGUAUAAAUGAAGCAAGAAGUAAAAUUGGUCACCUAAAGGAAGAAAUCACCCAGCGGCAUAUGCAGCAAGUAGCUCUAGGUAUCUCAGAAAACAUGAUUGUGUCCUCACGGCCAGACCUAGUGGAAGAGAAGCUGCGAGCACAACUGGAGGAAGAAAAGAGAAGGUAUAAAACCAUGUUCACUCGCCUGAAAGCCCUGAAGGUGGAGAUAGAGCACUUACAGCUGCUUAUGGACAAAGCCAAGGUGAAGCUGCAGAAAGAAUUUGAAGCUUGGUGGGCAGAGGAGGCCACCAGCCUGCAGGCAAACUCUCCAGCAGUGAAUUCACUUGAUCACAUGAAGUUGUCUCCCCAGACAUCUGAACCGCAGUACGAACAGCCUUGGAAUCUCUCUAAUAAAAGAGAUGGGAAUGCCAGGAAAAUCUUGCCUUCACCUGCAUCGUACAGCCAGAAAAGCAGCACCAGCACCCCCCUGGGAGACAGUGAUGUGAAUGCCAGGAAAAUCUUGCCCUCACCACCCUGUCCUGCAUCGUACAGUCAGAAAAGCUGCACCAGCAGUCCCCUGGAAGACAGCAUCUCCAAGAGGCCGAUGUCAUCCAUCCCUCUCACAGGGGACAGCCAGACUGACUCUGACAUCCUAGCCUUCAUCAAGGCCAGACAGAACAUUCUGCAGAAGAAAUUGACUCUGUAUAUCCCUUUCAUCCUCUUCCUUGUCCUCUCAGGACAAGAAGCCAAAGUGGAGAAAUCUCAGUCUGUAAACAUGGCCUUUGCUAUACCCUACAGGUCCAUAGCAGAAGUUGCUGGACUCUUGGUUCUGCUCUCCAGACUCCUAGAGUCUUUCCCAGGUGCCUGA